AAAGUUAUUCCAAAAGUUUGUCCUAUCUAUUAGUUGUUACACUCAGUAAAUACUCGUAUAAAUAAACAUUUUUAGGUUAGUGAUAAUGAGGGAGCUAGUGAAGUCGUUAUGUCUCAAGCUGAAGGAGAAUCAUCACACGAGACAUUUACAGUUUCGAUUACUGCUGACAAUUCUUCAAAGAAAAGUAAGAAAAAAAAACUAUAUAAGGGAAAUGAAUCAAAAUCUAUAAACGAAGAUGACGAAGAGUUAUUUAAAGAAGCUAUGUCCGUGUUAAGAGCUCCGAGUGAUGAAUUUGAUGUUUUUGGAAAUUAUGUUGCUGUGGAGUUACGACAACUCCGUUCUGAAGAACGAAGAAGACGAUUGAAGCGCAUAAUACAGAGAGCUAUCAUUGAUAUGGGAGAAGAGGAAGACAGAUGUGAAAAAAUUGGUUCUACAUGUUCAUCUGAAAAUUAUUCUGAUACUGUCUCUGACUGGGCAUCAUCUAGUGGUUUUUCUAAUCAAAAUCCACAUGACAACUUAAUAACUCUUUCUAACCUAUCUUCAAUGCCUCAACAAAUAGCGAGUGACAGUUCUAAUUUGUCAACUUUCUAUGAAAACUAUAAUCCCCAGUAAAAUUACUAACCUUCAGAUAGUCACAUUUCAGUUCUUCAAACAACGCCUGACAAACUUCUGUAACAAUUCGGCUAAUAGUUGUCGGAGGAAUCCGAAACAAAAAACUUAAAGACUGGUAACUGUCACCUACGUUAAAACAAGUAGCAUAUUUCAUAAAUUAAAUAUGAUGUAAAUUUUAUUUUAUUUUAAUAUUUAUAUUUAUCUUAUUUC